AUGAAUGUGAAUAUGAGUGUUGUUACCGAUUCUCCCGUGCAUUCGUCCAGCAGCGAUGAUUUCAUUGCAUUUCUUGAUGCUAAACUUGAUGCAAGCUCGCCCGAAGCCUCGCCAGAUAAAGAGGCUGAAAACCAAGAUAAGCUUGAAAGUGUCAGCUUGUUAGAUGAAUUGUCGGUUAACAUGGCCAAAAUUUUGGAGAUGGUCGAAGUUGAUAGACAAGAAAAUAAGACUUGUUUUGAGACCUUGGAGUCUGUGGUUGAUACCUUGCUGAAGCAGAACAGUGGUAAUGAAGGGAAUUUCAAUCAAAAUAUAGAGGGACCUCACUCCAGUGGGCUAUACUUGGUUCUUGACCUAGAUCACACUCUGCUAAAAUCUACUCACCUUGCUCAUUUGAGUUCAGAAGAGUCACAUUUGCUUAAUCAGACAGAUUCUCUUGGAGAUGUGCAUAUAUACCUUGGUGAUCGGCCAUAUGCAUUGGAGAUGGCUAAGCUAGUUGAUCCUCAAGCAGAAUACUUCAACGCCAAGGAUAUUUCUCGAGAUGAUGGGACCCAGAAACAUCAGAAGGGUCUGGAUGUUGUGUUAGGGCAAGAAAGUGCAGUCGUUAUUCUUGAUGAUACAGAACACAUCAAGUUAUCACCAAUGAAGACACAAUACCCAGAUGUGGAUCUUUUAUCAAAAGGAAAUUCUGUCCAAUCAGCAUUUGAGUAG